AUGCGGGACGGAGGACAAUUUUGCGACCAGGUCACCUACAAGCAGGCGCUGCUGGGCCCGACCAAGCGAGAGGCAGCCAUGCAGAAGAAGCUGGACGCCAUGCGAGAAGAGCUCUGGGCCUUCAAGGAUGGCAACCAGGAGAAGCCCGCGAACGAGGAGCCGCAGGUCGACUUGGCGCGACUCUUCAAGUGGGCACAGUCGUGCAAGCAGGAGCGGGGCGAAGACUCGGAAGGGUACCAGGUUGCCCUCGAAAAGUACCAGGCCGCGCGGACGAAGAAGGACACCACGAAGCCGCCUGCGGCGCAGCUCACGCAAGCGCGGUACGCCAGGGAGAAGCUCGAGAAGGAGACCGAGUCCUUGGCCAACGACGAGGCCAAAGCCAGACUCGAGAAGAAGCAGGAGCAGCUGCAGAUCGCCAGGGCCAACGGGAUCGGGGAGUCACCAGCCUUACUCCCGGCCAUGCAGAAGCAGUUCGAGGGCGCGGUCGACUGCAGUGGCAUCAGUAAGCAGGAGUACGAGCAGGUCGUCACGGUGCUGGGUAAGGUCCUGGCCAAUGCAAAGCAGGAGGACAUGCGCGUGAGGACGCUCAAGCAUGACACGGUCACGCCGAUGACGUAUAAUGGCUCGGGCUGUGGCACGAUCAAGGACAAGAUCAUGGAGGAGAUGCUGGAGCCGCAGUGCUACGCAGUGCAGGAGCACCACCCGGCCACGGACAAGCUGGCAGUGGUCACACAGAGCAUGAAGAUGCAGGGGUACCACAUGGGUGGCGCCGCGGCGGUGGCCACCACGGGACCCAACGGAGAGGCAGGCACAUCGGCGGGGGUGGCGCUUGCGGUGCCGAAGAGAGUGGGCAUGGCUUACUUGUACGGCAAGGACGACCGGGACAUCUCGCCGAAGGCCAGCCCAGGAACGGCUGCGGCAGCGUGGCCGUCGAUCGGGAAGGGCGCGGUGCUCGCCACCGUGGUCUUAUGGACGGCGGAGGGCAUGACGCACAGGAACACGCAGCUCAUCGCGUACGUGAUUGGGAAGCUGCAGAGCCUGGGGGGGCCGUGGGUCAUUGGGGGUGACUUCCAGGUGGUACCCAGGGUGAUGGCGGAGGUCGAGAGUGUGAAGGUGCAGCACAUAGAAAUACAGGAAUCGUGGCCAGCGGCGCCGCACAAGCCAGUCGGGCCCACGAUCAAGCUCAAGGUCGUGGAGCGCAAGGUCAGAGUGCUGGAAAAGCCCAGGGCGUUACCAGAGGCGCAGAUAGGGCGCGCGCCCGCACCCCCGAGCUACGAGCAUGUGCAGGAGUUCAAGACGCAGGAGCCGAAGUGGAGGAUCAAGCCGCUCAAAUUCGGUGGCGAGAACGUUCACACGGCCGCGAGGGAGGCAACGUGGUGGCGGUGGCUAACACGGCCCCUGCAUGGACUGCAAGGCGCGCACCCAGGGUGGAGGGGGGCCAAGGAGCCGGACAUGGUGCAGAAGAGGUGCCACCAGAUGAGAUGCCAGGAGAAGUUGUUCCAGGCCAGGCCCAGGCGCGUGAAGUACAUCAGCGCAAAGGGGCAGGGCAUCUGGCAGGCGCGGUGCGACACGAUAGCAGCUGGGCAGCUGCGAGGAGGGAGGAAGGAGCCGAACUCCCAGAGCUGGAUGCAGGAGGCCGGGGGCAAGAUGAAGGCGGUAGACCAGAGGCUGCUGCGAGAGAGGCAGGCGAGGUGGGCUGAUGAGCUGGCGAUAGCGGCGGCAGGAGCGGCAGGAGGACUAGACAAGCUCAGUAAGGCGGCAACCGCGUGGAGGCCCAGGCGCGCGGACACCACGGGGAAGGCAGCAGACCCCCUGGAGGCGGCAGAGUACGCCUUCGAGGAGUGGAAGGUCGUCCGGAGGGUCGGUGAGAAGUUGCAGGAGGAGCCGAGGCCAUGGGGGCAGGAGCCCAGGCAGGAGCUCGCAGACCUCAAGGAGGAGGAUGUCGACAGGCUGAAGGAGGGCGCGUGCGACGAGGCUUGCAGCAGACUGCUGGACAUCCUCAGGGUGGUGGACUGCACCCUGGCUUGGCCGAUUCACAUGGCCACGGUCCUCUUCUUCAUUAUCCCGAAGACCCUCACCACCGACAGGGCGAUUGGGUUGCUGCCGGCCACCAUCCGCGCGCGUGAGAUCAUGAAAGGGCCGCACAUGAUCAAGGGGGCAAUGGAGAACCAGAGGAGCUGGGACUGCACGAACCACGGGGCGGCAGCAGAGGACGCGGCGUGCGAUGCACUACUCAGCCACGAGAUGGACGAUCCCGACGACGAGAGUGAGGAGCUGGAAGCCACGAUCACCGCGGUGCUCGACUUGGUCAAGGCCUUCGAAAAGGUGAGCCUGCAUGUGCUGUGGCUCAUAGCGGGGGGCCCAGCGUUGAGCGAGACCAGCACGGUGGCCACGAUCAUAGCUGGAAGCAAGUGUUCGGUGCGGUUCCUGAAGAUGGUCAUCCAGUCGACCGUUGAUGGCUUAGUGGUGGAGGGGCCGCGCGCAAAGUGGCGCAUGCACGUCGAUGACAUACGUGUGCGUCUUCGACAGAAGCAGCAGUAUUUCGCGCAGGAGUUCAGCGACACCAUCGACGCGUGCUUCGCGAGCUUCAUCAAGCUGAGCAUCAAGACGGCGGCGAAGGACAUGGCGCGCAGAGGGCUACCAGUUGUGAGAGCCUGCCCGCACCUCGGCGUGGACCUAAUCACGCACGGGGCGGCGGCAAAGGCGAAGAGCGGGAAGCGGUACAAGGGCAUGCUGAGCAGUCGCAGGCGGCUGGCGAACUUGAAAGGGGGAGGCCGUAUGAUGGCGACAGGGACUACACUGGUCAGCAAGUGCGGCUUGAAGAGGUCGGUGCGGCACGGGUGCCAGUGCCAUGGGAUGCCAGACCAGCAGCUUCGACAGCUGCGACCUGAAGCAGGACGAGCACUAUCAGGAGGACGGAGAGCCAAGAGCCCGAUGCUGCAGUUGGCGCUGGCAGGUGAGGAACCCACACUUCAGGUCACGGAGGCGCCCAUCAUCCGCUGGGCGAGGGAGGUCUGGCAAACGGCGCCGGCCAAGGAGGUGAACCAGCAGUGGGACAGCGCGGAGUCCACGACGGUGAAGGCGUGGAGGCGACAGCAGCAAGAGGUCGGGAUGAAGCCGAUGUGGGCGAAGGUGCGAGGACCAGCAGGAGCAGUUAUCAUGUCCUUGAGGCGCGCGCAGUGGCCAUGGCCAGCCUGGCACACGGCCAUCGCCAAGACAGGCUACACCCUGGACAUGCUGGAGGUCUGCCCGACGGACGUGGCGGCGAUGCUACGAGAGGACGUGCAGCAGCAGUUAUGGGAGGACUUGACCAAGGCGGAGGAGUACGCGGGCUCACGGCCCGCGCCAAUGGUGGCGCCUGCGGCGGCACAGCUGUUGGCGCGCGAUGCCCCCGAGCACGCCGAGAACGCAGCGAGGUGCUCUAAGUGCACAGCCUUGCGGGAGCUGAGAUUGAAGGCGCAGCCAGAGUGGCAGACGGUGGCAGAGCAGCAGAAGGGCAAUUUACUCUGGACUAGAGGGCUGGUGAGGCACCCGGAGGUGGAUUGGACGUUCAUAGGGAUCGCUGAGGGCCAGUACAUGUGCCAGGCGGUGGAGGAAGGCGAGGACCACUUCACGGGGGACAUCGUGUGCGAUGGCUCCAAGCUGGGCCACAGUGAGUGGGCGCAGACUGGAUGGGCAGCAAUGUCGGUGAACGAGGAGGGCAAGCCGAAAUACCAGAUGUGGUCCUUCUACGAAGAAUUGGAGCACAAGUUGGGUGACGGCAAGAUCUACACGGAUCACGAGGGGACCAUGAAGGGUUUGCGAGAGGGCGAGAAAUGGCGCCUAAGUUGGAAGAG